AUGACAUCCAGCUGCUGUGUCACCAACACCUUGCCAGCCUCUCUCAAGAGCUCCUCACGGCCUUCCUCUGUCUGUUCCAGUAACAUGAGCAGCAGGCCCGAGCUGUGCCUGGGUUAUGUCUGCCAGCCCCUGCAGUGCAUGCCCUCCAUCUGCAUGCCUACCACCUACCGGCCAGCCAGCUGCCUCUCCAAGGCCUACCUGCCCAGCUCUUGCCAACCCAGCAACCGCCGGCCAACUGGUUGCUUCUCCAGCUCCAUGGGUGCCUAUGGCCUGUUCUGUGAGGGUGCCUUCAACGGCAAUGAGAAGGAGACCAUGCAGGUCCUGAAUGACCGCCUGGCCAACUACCUGGAGAAGGUGCGGCAGCUGGAGAAAGAGAAUGCAGAGCUGGAGGGCAAGAUCCAAGAUGUCUACCAGGUGCAGGUGAUGACCAUGUGUCCUGACUACCAGUCCUACUUCCAGACCAUCGAAGAGCUCCAGCAGAAGGUUCUGUGCACCAAGGCAGAGAAUGCCAGGAUGGUCGUGCACAUUGACAAUGCCAAGCUGGCUGCAGAUGACUUCAGGACCAAGUAUGAGACAGAGCUGUCCCUGAGACAGCUGGUAGAAGCAGACACCAAUGGCCUGCGCAGGAUCCUGGAUGAACUGACCCUGAAUAAGGCUGACCUGGAGGCUCAAGUAGAGUCCCUGAAGGAGGAACUUCUGUGCCUCAAGAGGAGCCAUGAAGAGGAAGUUGGUGUCCUUAGACAACAGCUUGGGGACCGCCUUAACAUUGAGGUAGAUGCUGCACCCCCCGUGGACCUGACCAGGAUGUUGGAGGAGAUGAGAUGUCAGUAUGAGACCAUGGUGGAGAGCAACCACAGGGACGUGGAGGAAUGGUUCAAUACGCAGAUGGAGGAGCUUAACAAACAGGUGGCCACAAGCUCUGAGCAGCUUCAGAGCUAUCAGUCGGACAUCAUUGACCUGAGACGAACAGUCAACACCCUGGAGAUUGAACUGCAGGCUCAGCACAGCCUGAGAGACUCUCUGGAAAACACCCUGGGGGAGACGGAGGCCCGCUUCACCUCCCAGCUGUCCCAGAUGCAGUGCAUGAUCACCAACGUGGAGUCCCAGCUGGCCAACAUCCGCUGUGACCUGGAGAGACAGAACCAAGAGUACAAGGUGCUGCUGGAUGUCAAGGCCCGGCUGGAGUGCGAGAUCAACACGUACAGGGGCCUGCUGGAGAGCGAGGACAGCAAGCUGCCCUGUAACCCUUGCACCACUCCCUCCUGCCAGCCUUGUGCCCCCUCCCUUGGGGUGCCGCGCUCCGUCUGUGUGCCACACACUGUUUGCGUGCCUUGUUCGCCCUGCCUUCAGAGCCGCUACUGA